AUGUCCAAUUUCUCAGAUAGCAAAAUGGAACGAACAGUCGAUGAUAUCUUUGCAGAGAUCGACCAGAUCGACAUUACCAAAAUUGAGCCACAACCCGAGGUCGUCAAGUAUUUUGAAACGGUUCAAGCCUAUUUCCUGUGCUUUAACGAACUUGAAGCUGUCUACAACCAAGUCGAUCCCACUCGUAAACUUACCAACUAUGAUAUGCCCGAUUUCACACGGCCUAUUCGACAACUCUACUUGGGUGGCGAGCCUGUGAAGAACUUUGUUGAGUUGUACGAAGUUGCAGAAAUUAUUCUGCCCGUUUUCGUUGCCAAGGUCGAAAAUUUAAUGGGAAAAGUAGCUACUAUGGAUAAAGAUUCGUCCUGUAACGUUCAGUUCAGGCUUCCUCCAGGACAUAGUAAACUUAAGGGGAAACAAAGGGCAUCAGAAAAGGCAGAAGUUGAUUAUUCCAAGAAGGAAGCUGGGCCACCAGAAUCGUGGCUCCAUGAUAUCGUUCGCGGCAGUGUAAUGUUCGACAACACUGGCCAAAUGCUAGAUUUUCUGGAUCUUCUUCGGGGAGACAAAUCGAUUGAAAUCGUCAAGUCUACAAAUCGCUUUCGCAAUCCAACACUUUCUGGCUAUCGAGACUGGAAUUUGCAGCUUAAGAUAUCAACGAAGGAUGGAAUCACGAAGCACAUCUGCGAGCUUCAGUUGCAUCACAGAGUUAUCAAGGAUGCUAGUGAAGUGCUUGGAUCUCUUGACUACUACAGGUUCUUUCGAGAGUACUUUGUAGGGGCGACAGGAGGGGCUAUGGAAGACCGAAUGAAUGAUUUGAGGCCAUUAUGUGACGGCGGUUCGUUGAAUCUGGCAUCCCUUUGGUGUUCAAUACAGAAUCCGCUGGAAACAGAUCGCAUGAUACGGCUUGCCGAGCUGUUUGAGAAUCAUGUGCACGAUUACCAGCUGGCAAUGAUAAUAACAAACGUUAUUCGAACAUGUUUGGAACCAGCGGUUUUGUAUACGACAUUGGGACGACUCUUCCAGAAACAAAUGGACCUUGAGGAAGCAAGGAUAAUGUAUCAAAAGUCACUGGAAGUUCGAUUGAAGGAACUUGGACCUGGGCACGCCGAUACGGUGCAGACUUAUAUUUGCUUAGCAACUGUCCUAAGAAACGAAGGAAAAUUGGACCAAGCGAUAAUUCGAUAUGAAAAGGCAUUGGACAUUCGACUGCAAGAACUUGGUCCUGAUCAUGCAACAACCGCAGAGAUGUACAGCAGCUUAGCCGUUACGUACACACAACAAGGUAAACUGGACCAAGCGAUUAUUCGAUAUCAGAAGGCAUUGGGCAUUCGAUUGCAGGCACUUGGCCCUGAUCAUACAACAACAGGGGAGACGUACAACAGCUUAGCCGUUAUGUAUGCGCGACAAGGUAAACUGGACGAAGCAAUAGCAAUGUCGCAAAAGGCAAUGAGCAUCAAAUUAAUGGCACUUGGGCCUGACCAUUCCUCCACAGCCAACACCAAAGCACUUGUGGAAUGGAUGCACAGUAUGAAGAGUGAGACAUGGGAGGAAGUACAACAAGCAUAG